AUGGAGCGGCUUGUAUCAUCCAUAAAUUCCACAUGCACCUGCGUGUACUGUCCCUGCGAGCCAGUCCUGCCCAGCACCUUGAGGAAGGAAGCCAAGAGCUGUGUGAGAAUACUCAAUGAAUUUCGAAGACAAGAAGCUUGGAUGUUCUUCACAGACAAAAUGGAUGUGCUGGGGAAAGACAUUUGUAAUGAUGAGGUUGGUGUUGGUAAUAGUGAUGGUGGUGAUGGUAAUGAUCUUGAUGCUGAUAGUGACAGUGAUGAUGGUGGUGGUGAUAGUGAUGAUGAUGAUCUUGCCUCUCAGUACGACCUAGACAAUGGCAGUCGCACGCCAGGAUUUAUCACUUUCAAAUUUGAUAUACUCACUGAUCUCAACAAUUAUCUCAGAUGGAACAGAAAGCGGUCUGAGGAGGUGCAGCAGCUUCGCGUGCAGGAAGCUGUGGAUGCCAUGGUGAAGAACGUGGAGCAAGAGAACAUCCGGAAGAUGCAGGGCCUCAUGUUCAGGUGCAGCGCUGGCUGCUGUGAAGACAACCAGGCAUCCAUGCAGCAGCUGCACCAGUGCAUUGAGCGCUGCCAUGCGCCUCUGGCUCAGGCUCAGGCCUUGGUGACCAGUGAGCUGGAAAAGUUCCAGGACCGGCUGGCCCAGUGUACCAUGCACUGCAAUGACAAAGCCAGAGAUGCCAUGGAUGCAGGGAACAAGGAGCUGCAGGUAAAAUGGCAGCUGGACAGCUGCGUGGCCAAGUGUGUGGAUGACCACAUGCACCUUAUCCCAACGAUGACCAAGAAGAUGAAGGAGUCUCUCUCAUCCACUGGGAAAUAAACAGCUUUGCCAAUAA